AUGUCCAAUGUGACCAUGUCUCGUCCCCAGGUCAGUAUCGACCGACUCACGCCGCGCCGGGUGACCGCCGAGCCGCGCGAGUCCAUGAACUGCAAGUCCUGUCGGAAGAGAAAGAUCAAAUGCAAUCGUCUCCGUCCCAGCUGCGAGGCCUGCAAGGUGUUCCAGUGCCCCUGUGUUUACGAUGCCGUGCCGAAGAAGCGAGGCCCGAAAACCGACGUGCUCGAGGCCCUGCUGAAACGCGUUGAUGGCCUCGAGAAACGGCUACAGGAUGAGAAUCAUCCGCUAUCGCCCGCCUCGUCCACGUCGCCCGUCAAGUCGCUCGAGUCUCAGUUGCCCGUGGCGCCGGUUUCGCUACAGCCGGCUCCGCCGCCGCCCACCCUGUCGACCCCCAGCCCUAACCGCUUAUCGGACUCAAUGCUCGACGCUUAUUUUUCCCGGCUUCAUGGCAAGCCUUAUUUCAUCUUGGACGAGCCCUCGACUCGUCAAAGACACCAGUGCCGGCAACUGUCGCCCGCCCUGUCCAUGGCCAUCUAUGCCGUCACGCUUUGGUAUACAUCUCCGAGCGGUUCCCCACAGAGUCUGGAGUAUGCGCGACAGGCGCGACCGUUGGUCGACAUCGACAAUCCGUCCGUCGAGGGACUGCAGACCCUGCUGCUGCUCUCCCAGACCUUCUUUGCCCAUGGCUGCGGCAAGAAGGCCUACAUGACUCUAGCAAACGCCGUGGCCAUGGUUCUGGCUCUCGAUCUGUACCGCGAGAUCCCCUCGCCAGCACCCCUUCCGGCGCCGGAACGAGAGAUGAGACGUCGUCUGUUCUGGACCGUCUACAUCAUGGACCGAUUCCUCACCUGCGGCUCAAAGCGCCCCUGUCUCGUCGCAGAUCAUUCGAUCGUGCUCCGGUUGCCCUCCACGGGGACCGAGACCGGUGAAUGCUUCAACCCCGUCGGCCCCAACAUCCAGUACGCGUCCGAGUCUCGACGAAAGGGGCCCGGCGCGCCCGCCCUCUUGGUCGACAUCACACGCAUUCUCGGCGUCACCCAUCGCUACCUCGCCGCGGGCGGCGUCAAGGGCGACUCUCACUUCCCCUGGCAUGCCCUGUCGAACUUGUCGAAGAUCCGCCAGGAACUGGACAUCUGGGCAGCCGGCACGCAAGACCUGUUCGCGUCGAUCGAGGCGCUGUUCGGUCACCCCGAGAGCACCGUGCUGCUGCUCAGCAAGCUUAUCUACCACCUGGUACACUGCCUGCUCUACCGACCGUUCCUGCCGAUCGACCUCGUCGAGUUGCGCGGGACGGGGCAGCACCAGUCGUGGCAGAUUGAGGCCACCACGCUGUGCUUCUCCCACGCAAACGCCAUCGCAGAGCUGGUCGAGCUGGCGCGGCAUGCCCCGCGCAUCGAAUGGCCGGACCUGGUGGCCUACUGUGUGUGCACGGCGGGCACGGUGCACGUUCACGGAGUGCACUACCACGGUCGCGAGGGCGAGGUGUUUGCAUCGAGCGCUGACUUCCUGGCGCGCGAGAUGCACCAGCUGACGUGGUUGCGGCAGUCAUGGGCCGGCGUGCAGCACCAGCGCGAGAUGCUGCAGACCAUCUCGGCGGGCCACGCCGAGCUGGUACAAACGCUGGCGGCGCGCCCCGUUCGCUUUGCUCCGGUCUUUCAUCUCGAGGAUUUCUUCGACCGGUACCCGGGCCUGGCCGUGGACGGGGCUCAUGUGCGAAUGGUGGACGGAGAAGACACUAUCUCCUUCGACCGACCGGACUUCUCCGACCCCCGACUCAUGUACGCCGGUAUUCCGCCGGCCACCCCGACCCUCCCAUCCCAACCGGGUCGAUCCAACUCCUUCAGCUUCCACCCCUCCCAAGCGUCCCCCUCGUGGGCUCCGGGAUCCGAUCUCGGCCUCCCCGACGGCUCCGCCCUGGCAGGAUUCUCGCCGUCCGGCGUCAGCAGCUCCGCAUUCCUGGCCGAGUCGUUCGCUCCGGCCGGGGCCAGCAGUGCAGCGGCAGCAGGUGGCAGCGCUCCGACGCCGCCCGCCGCGCAGCCCCAAUACGCCACGUUCCCCUUCGAAGCGCCCGUCGGCGGAACGGCCCUAACUCCGGGCGCGCAGUCCCAGGGCAGCAGCGGCGGGUCUGGGACGGGGGCGGCCGACCACGGGACGUCGGAGAAAGACCCGUUCCUGAGUCUCCUGGAGCAGUUGGCGGAGAACGAGCACUCGCACGGAGGGCCCAGCGAGCUGGACUUCUUCCUGGGAGAGAGUCUCGAGAACGGGGAGGGACACGAGACGGACUUCUCCGCCAAUUUUCCCCGACUUGGAGCUGUCAACCAUCCAGUGUGCAACCUCCUAUCCACACGAGAACUCAAGACCCUCAUCCCCAGAGAAGUACCGAACAUGGAAGAACUCGACACCAUCGCCACCCAGAAAUCUUGGGCGCAAGGAUCCCUUCAGAAACCCUUCACCUCUAUCGUGACGUUGUACAUGCACGAGCAGCUCUCGCUCGACCAGGCGGUUCGCGAGAUCACCAGUGUGAUUAAGAAUAUUUACUAUGCGGACGGCGACGUUGACUCAUACCUCCUCGACCUCUGGCUCACGGCCCUACACACCUCCAAAAAACUCCCUCGACCAACCACCACGCCCCCCGAUCUGCCCACCCCGCUACAAUCCCGACUCCUCGCCCUCCUCGAGACCCUGCGCCAUCAACCAAACCCCAUCCCCCAUCCACAGAUCGAUACCCAGAACCCCAUCCCAGAUGACCCGUUCGCUACCCCGCCUAAUCGGUCCGCUAGUUCUUCGACUACUCAUCUGAUCUCGGAUUCGAUUCCUAGUCAGCAGCAGCAGAAGGAUAUCUAUCAGCGAGAACAACAAGAAUCCCAACACACCUACAAUUAUAAUUAUAAUUCAACUUCGAGGUCUACGUCCACCCGCUCCGGAGCAGGAAAACAAAAACGAAUCAUAUGGUCCCAACUCCCUCGAUUCCUGGAUGGGGUGCGAAUCGUCCUACACGACGAACCGGGCCGGCCGUCGACGGGGUUCGCAGAGCUGGAAGUCUGCGCGUGGGAGGAUCUAGUUUCGUUUUUGGCGCUCUGUGCGAGACACCAGAUCGUGCCGGAUCCGGUCCCAAGUCCGGAGGAUGUUGCCGCGAGGGAUAGGAAUGAGAAUGGGAUGGAUCGAGAAGGCGAAGGGACCGGUGGACUAGAUGCCGUUGCUGUGAGGAUGUUGAAGGGGGCAUUGGAGGUGAGACAUUUUCCGACAGAGGUGUUGUCUCAUCAGCAAGAUCAUCAUCAACACCAUCAACACCAUCAUGAUCAUGAGGGGACUACGAGCAAGAUUCUCAAUAAGAUAAAGAAGAGCGACAAGAGGCGGGAGCAAGAAGCAGCCGAAGAAGAAGAAGCGCGGGAGAGAGAAACCGGCCAGAUCGCCGAAGCCGUCAAAUUGAAUGUCUACGUCGCGGCCGCCGCGCUCUGGGCUGUCAUCAUGGGCGAGGAGCUGUGGGAGCGACAGGGGCAGAAGGUGGAAUCGCCCGUGGGACUAUCGCUGGAGCCCGUGCCGGAGGUUCCUCCGGGGAAGAUCUCGAAACCCCGAUGGCGUAUGUGGAUCGAUCGAUUCCAGUUCAUGAGUUUGCGGGAGGAUCUGCGGAUCUCAACGCGCGAGUUGGCGGCUGAGGCGGCGGCCGUGAUGUUAAGAGUUGUUUGA